AUGGCACCUCUCUCCCCUAUCAUUUCUCGAAAACGGACAAGUCCCAGCGAUUAUGAUAAUUCAAGUGAGCCUGUGCCUAAGAGGAUAGGACUUGACCUCGCAACACCAUCCUCAUCAGUAUCUCUAAGCCAGUGCUCAAGUUCCAAAAUGGUCCCAGUCAUGUUUGAUGAUGAUCCUCACAACCUACUUCUACGAUCGAUAACGCUGGCUCUACAGCAUGUGGGAUUCAGUGCAGCUACACCAGAAGCAUUAGAAGCCAUUUGUGAUGGAGUAGAAACCUAUGCCUUGCGAUUUUUAUCAAAGGUGACAGAGUCAAUGUUGUGCUCGCGACGUUCCCAGCCUAUUCCGACUGACUUUGGAUUCGCACUCAAAGAAUUCGAUGUUCCUCUCUUAUCAAUUGAGCCGCAUCUCAAGCCACCCAUAUCACCUUCUAAAACUCAGGUGCGACUCGAAGAGUUGACAUCCGAAAAAUUACCGGUACAAACCGACAACAUUUUAUUAGGGGAUGAGUUAAGUGGCGAUAUGGAUAAAAGAGAACGCCCUUAUAUCCCGAAAAAUUUUCCAUCAUUUCCCAGCAAGCACACAUACAAAUGGACUGAGAAAGAAUCCGCACGUGAAAGUGACCCAAGAAAGAUACGUGAAGAGGCGGCUAAGGUCGCUAGGCAGGGUGAAGAAGCUCUUCGACGCUUGACAAAAGUAGGAAAGAUUGGAAAAGAAAAAGAUGCGAAAAAGAUAGCUAGCAGGGACCCUAGGAGUAAAGAAAGGCAUCAAAUUUGGGAAAGUGUUAUGAAAAGUCUACUGUCUUGGAGCAAGACGGCAUCUAGCGUGUCUGAGUUGUCAUCUGGAACUGAAGAAGAGAGCAGGAGCAUGAUAGUGAAUGCAGAGAGGCCAUAUUUCCGAAAAGGGCCCCCUGCCAGGAAAAAAAGAGCGCCAUCAACAGAUAUGUACGAGUCUUUGAAGGUCUAA